CAUCCCCGUGUAUCGCGACACGGAGAGCCCACGGCCGGGCAGAGGAGUUCGGUGAACAACGUCAGAAUGCGGUGCCACAAGUUUUGGGGUCCAUGUUCGGUUGGAUUUUAUAUUUGGACAGUCAUGCUUUUUAAAGGUUCCUUGCAAGGGGAACACCAGCGGAAGCUAUACAAGGAGCUGCUGGCCAACUACAAUCGAUUAGAGAGACCUGUUGUUAAUGAUUCUGCUCCUAUCCUGGUGGAGCUGGGCCUCACACUGCUGCAGAUUAUAGACGUGGAUGAGAAAAACCAAGUGCUAAUGACCAAUGCUUGGCUGCAGCUGUACUGGACAGACGUCUACUUGAGCUGGAAUCCAGAGAAUUACCCCGGCGUCCAGAACCUGCGAUUCCCUUCAGACCAGAUCUGGACACCUGACAUCCUUCUUUACAAUAGUGCGGAUGAGCGCUUUGAUGCCACAUUUCACACCAAUGUCCUGGUGAAUGCUUCAGGCCACUGCCAGUACAUCCCACCAGGCAUCCUGAAGAGCACCUGUUACAUCGAUGUGCGUUGGUUCCCCUUUGAUGUACAGAAGUGUGACUUAAAGUUCGGUUCAUGGACCCACAACGGUUGGCUUCUAGACCUCCAGAUGCUUGAUGUGGACACAUCCACUUACAUACCCAAUGGAGAGUGGGACCUUGUGGGUGUGCCAGCCAAGCGUAAUGAGCUGUAUUACGAGUGCUGUAAGGAGCCCUAUCCUGAUGUGACCUUCACAGUCACCAUGCGGCGCAGAACUCUUUAUUAUGGCCUAAAUCUGCUCAUUCCCUGUGUGCUGAUCUCUGGCUUGGCCUUGCUGGUUUUCCUAUUACCAGCUGACUCUGGAGAAAAGAUCUCUCUGGGCAUCACUGUGCUGCUUUCGCUAACUGUCUUCAUGCUUCUGGUAGCAGAGAUUAUGCCUGCUACAUCUGACUCUGUGCCUCUUAUCGCUCAGUACUUUGCCAGCACAAUGAUGAUUGUGGGGAUGUCUGUGGUGGUGACUGUCAUAGUCCUGCAGUUUCACCAUCAUGACCCUCAUGGGGGCAAGAUGCCCAAAUGGGUUCGGGUGGUUCUGUUGAACUGGUGUGCUUGGUUCCUCCGUAUGAAACAACCUGGUGAUGAGCGCAAGAAGCCCCAAUACAAGUACCGUCACUGCUCCCACCAUCACUCCAGCACCAGCUCCAUCGAGAUGGGUACAAUCCCAAGCCUUACAGUGCCUCUGUCACAGGCAUCAUGCCCACCUUGCCCGACAGGCACUUCCAAUGGUUCCAUGAGUCUCUACUUUGGCAAUUACCAUCCCAUGGAGAGCCCACUCUGCCCACCUUCCAGUGACUUGGGCGUUACACUGGGCGGACGCACGUUUGGAUCCACAGGUGAUGAGGCUGAGCCACCUGGAGGAGUUGGUGGUGGUGUUGGAGGUCUUGGAAUGGGAAUUAGCAUCCCCCCACCAGAGAUCCUGCGCAUCUUGGAGGAGGUGUCGUACAUUGCCCAGAGGUUCCGAGACCAGGACGAAGCUGAGGCCAUCUGCAGUGAGUGGAAGUUUGCAGCUGCUGUAGUAGACCGGCUGUGCCUGGUGGCCUUCUCUCUCUUCUCCAUCAUUUGCACUUUCACCAUCCUCAUGUCAGCGCCUAACUUCAUAGAGGCUGUUUCUAAGGACUUCACAUAACUGGCUGCUGAAAGACAGAGAGAAGAAAGUGGUGUAAAUAAUCAGACACUAAAGAGAAAGAGAUUUGGAAAGGAAAUAACAGUCAGUGAAGAGUGUAUUCCCUAACCAACGUUCUUGGAAGCCAUUUGUUUAGAGGUGGGUUUGUAGUGUUGCAUUAGAAAAAUUAUAUUUUCUUCAAAAACUUGUAAAUAAAUAAUGUCAUACAAAGCAAGUGUUAAAAUGUAAACACAUGAACAAAUAAGAAGACAUAAAUGAAUUACAGUCCAGUGAUUAAAAGGUAUGUGUCUAAGAGAGAGACGUAAGAUUUAAUUGUUUGCAAAUAAUAUAAAUCUUCCAUUUAAGAGCAAUGUUGAUACAAGGAAAUGUGGUUUAUUUUUUAACAUUUAUGCAUUCUUGGUUUUUACAUCAACAACUUAUAGAAAGAAAUGGCUGUACCUUUAUUUUAUAAGACUGAAAAUAGAACGUAACUGACAACUUUUCCUGCUAAUCAGAUAAACUGGCAUUCCUACUGCCUCUCUCAAAGAUAAAGAAUGGAUCAUUCCAGCCAAAAGGCUUCAAUUAACAAACUCAUUAACUAGGCUAACAACAUUUAACUAAACCUCUAAGUAAAAAAAAGAAUGAGAAAACCUAUAAAAUGAUGUAAAAGGGAACAAAAAAAUAAACAAUAACCGAUAAAAUGGGGCAGUGAUAUCAGAGUUCAGUGUGAAUAUGUUUGUUCAAGAACCAGGGUUUAUUUUGAGGAAUUUGAAAUCUGGUCAAAUUAGUUUUAAACUAAUUAAGAACAACACUUUGUAUGUGUUCAAAUGGUAGGUUCACAAUGCAAAUCAGAAGGGACCAUAAGAUAUAAUUUUAAUAAAAGGUUUAAAAAAUAUUAUUUGCCAAAUUAGAAAUCAGUAACCUUUUCGACAAUUAAUUUUCAGUGUGUCGUAAGCCAUAACAGUGACUGAAAGUGAUGGACUCCUUAGAUGACAGCAAAAAAUGUUAAUGGACUCUCCAAGGUGGCGAAGAAACGUACAGACAUGAUGAUGUCACAUCUGAAUUUGUGGUUCUGUUAUCAACAAAGAAAAAUAGUGGUCCUCUUUUAGCAAUGUCUUUAGGUUUUACAUGUACCUUUAAAUAUCAUUAAUACAAAUAUGGAUAUGGGUAUGAGUGCUGGCUAAGCUACAGACACAACACCCCAAUGCGACUGUGGCAAUAUUUUGUGAGUUUAAUCACGGCUCACUCUUAACAGUUUGUCAGCUGCUGUACCAGAGAAAACAAAACGUUGCAUUUUUUGUUUUAUGCUAAUGUCAAGGACACAUAUAUCUCCAAAGCCGGACCUCCCUUAAGGUAAAUCAGAUCACAAUCUUGCUUUUGACUGCUGUAAAUAUAAACACCUUGUUCAGAGGCAACCUGUAAUAAAGAAAACUGUGAGAAGGUGGUCACAGGAAGCUGAAGUUGCCCUGGGAGGUUGCUUUGAGGCUAGACUGGGAUGCACUGUGCCAGCCACAUGGAAAGGACAUUAAUGCCAUGACUGUGUGUAACCGACUAUAUAAACUUCUGUGUGGAUACCAACAUCCCCACCAGAAUGUUGCAAUGCUUCCCCAAUAACAAACUAUGGAUCCCCAGUGCCCUGAAGGACCUGCUUAACAAGACAAAAAGAGCCUUCAGUGAGAGAGACAGGCAAUUAUGGAGUAAACAGAAGCAACUUAAAGUCAAGGUAAGAGACAGCAAGGAGUUGUACAAGAAGAAGCUGGAGAGCAAACUCCAGCUAAACAAUGUCAGAGAUGUGUGGUCAGGGAUAUACUCUCACCAUUCCUUUUCCCUCUACACCUUAGACUUCCAGUACAAGACAAACUCCUGUCAUCUACAGAGAUGAUUCUGCAGUCGUGGGGUGGAUCAGAGAUGGACAAGAAGCUGAGUACAUGGACCUCGUGAACUGCUUUUUGGCAUAGUGUAGAAACAAUCUUCUCAUCUUGAAUGUGAAUAAAACAAAGGAGAUGACCAUAGGAGAAGCAGGAAUAGGUCAAACACUAUUUCCAUCAUUGGAGAAAAAGUAAAGGUGGUGGAGAAUAUCUCAAUGGUCACUUGGACAACAGACUGGAGUGGAGAUGCAACUGUGAAGCCAUCUACAAGAACAGACAGAACAGACUGUACUUCUUGAGGAAGCAUAAGACCUGUGUUUGCAGCAAGAUGCUGCAUAUCUUCUAU